AACCAGAGCAGGAAGAGCAGCGGCGAGGCGGCGGCGGCGGCUGAGUUGGUGGUGGCAGAGGAGAAAGCGACAGCUCCAGCGGGUGGUAGCGGCCCUGAGAGCAGGAUGCGGGUCUGGGUUGGGCUGACGCUCCUGCUCUGUGCGGUGCUGCUGGGCUCGGCCUCCGCGUCCUCGGAAAAUUUCCCAGAUGGUUAUCUGAAUCCUCAAAGUAUCCGUCCUAGUUAUGAAGAAGGCAACCAAGAUGAAUCCUUAGAUUCCAAGACUUCUUUGCCGUCAGAUGAGUCGGUAGAGGACCAUAGCCCAGCAGGCAGAGUAGUCGCUGGUCAGAUAUUCCUUGAUUCAGAAGAAUCAGAAUUGGAAUCACCUAUUCAAGAAGAGGAAGACGGCCUCAGAAGCCAAGAAGGGGAAAGUGUCACAGAAGAAAUCAGCUUUCUAGAAUCUCCAAAUCCAGAAAACAAGGACUAUGAAGAGCCAAUGAAAGUAUGGAAACCAGCUUUGACCGCCAUUGAAGGCACAGCACACGGGGAGCCCUGCCACUUCCCUUUUCUGUUCCUGGAUAAGGAAUAUGAUGAGUGUACCUCAGAUGGGAGGGAAGAUGGCAGACUGUGGUGUGCUACAACCUAUGACUACAGGGCAGAUGAAAAGUGGGGCUUUUGUGAAACUGAGGAAGAGGCUGCCAAAAGACGGCAAAUGCAGGAAGCGGAAAUGAUGUACCAGACCGGGAUGAAAAUCCUCAAUGGAAGCAAUAAGAAAAGCCAAAAAAGAGAAGCAUAUCGGUAUCUUCAAAAGGCAGCAAGCAUGAACCAUACCAAGGCCCUGGAGAGAGUAUCCUAUGCUCUUUUGUUUGGUGAUUACCUGACACAGAAUAUCCAGGCAGCUAAAGAGAUGUUUGAGAAACUGACUGAGGAAGGUUCUCCCAAGGGACAAACUGCUCUUGGCUUUCUGUAUGCUUCUGGACUUGGUGUUAAUUCAAGUCAGGCAAAGGCCCUCGUUUAUUAUACUUUCGGAGCUCUUGGGGGCAACCUAAUAUCCCACAUGGUUUUGGGUUACCGAUACUGGGCUGGCAUUGGGGUCCUCCAGAGCUGUGAAUCUGCACUGACUCAUUAUCGUCUUGUUGCUAAUCAUGUUGCUAGUGAUAUCUCACUGACGGGAGGCUCGGUAGUACAGAGAAUACGGCUGCCUGACGAGGUGGAAAAUCCAGGGAUGAACAGUGGAAUGCUUGAAGAAGAUUUGAUUCAGUAUUACCAGUUCUUAGCUGAAAAAGGUGAUGUGCAAGCACAGGUUGGUCUGGGACAGCUGCAUCUGCACGGAGGCCGUGGAGUAGAACAAAACCAUCAGAGAGCAUUUGACUACUUCAAUUUAGCAGCUAAUGCUGGCAAUUCUCAUGCCAUGGCCUUCUUGGGAAAGAUGUAUUCAGAGGGAAGCGAUAUUGUACCUCAGAGUAAUGAGACAGCUCUUCACUACUUUAAAAAAGCUGCUGACAUGGGCAACCCAGUUGGACAGAGUGGGCUUGGAAUGGCUUACCUCUAUGGGAGAGGAGUUCAAGUUAAUUAUGAUCUGGCACUGAAGUAUUUCCAGAAAGCUGCUGAACAAGGCUGGGUGGAUGGGCAGCUACAGCUUGGCUCCAUGUACUAUAAUGGCAUUGGAGUCAAGAGGGAUUAUAAACAGGCCUUGAAGUAUUUUAAUUUAGCUUCUCAGGGAGGCCAUAUCUUGGCUUUCUAUAACCUAGCUCAGAUGCAUGCCAGCGGCACAGGUGUAAUGCGAUCGUGUCACACCGCAGUGGAGUUGUUUAAGAAUGUAUGUGAACGGGGCCGGUGGUCUGAGAGGCUCAUGACUGCCUAUAACAGCUAUAAAGAUGGUGACUACAAUGCUGCAGUGAUCCAGUACCUCCUGCUGGCGGAGCAAGGCUAUGAAGUGGCACAAAGCAACGCAGCCUUCAUUCUCGAUCAGAGAGAAGCAACCAUCGUAGGUGAGAAUGAAACUUAUCCCAGAGCUUUGCUACACUGGAACCGGGCCGCCUCACAAGGCUAUACUGUGGCUAGAAUUAAGCUUGGCGACUACCAUUUCUAUGGAUUUGGCACUGACGUAGACUAUGAGACGGCGUUUAUUCAUUAUCGCCUAGCAUCUGAGCAGCAGCACAGUGCACAAGCCAUGUUUAACCUGGGAUAUAUGCAUGAGAAAGGACUAGGCAUUAAACAGGAUAUUCACCUUGCAAAACGUUUUUAUGACAUGGCAGCCGAAGCCAGCCCAGAUGCACAAGUACCAGUCUUCCUAGCACUCUGCAAAUUGGGUAUUGUCUAUUUCUUGCAGUACAUACGGGAAACAAAUCUUCGAGAUCUGUUCACCCAGCUUGAUAUGGACCAGCUUUUGGGACCUGAGUGGGACCUUUACCUCAUGACCAUCAUCGCAUUGCUGUUGGGGACAGUUAUCGCUUACAGGCAAAGGCAGCACCAGGACAUGCCUGUCCCCAGGCCUCCUGGGCCACGGCCAGCACCACCACAGCAGGAGGGGCCGCCUGAGCAGCAGCCACCACAGUGACCCACGGCGGCCAGCCUUGACCAGUGACAAACAAGGAAAUCGUUUACCAAGAACGCUUGCAUUUGAUUUAGGACUUUGGAUCAGUGGCCACCUCCUGGAAGAGGCACAAGGAAGCAUUGAAUUCCUAAAGCUGCUUAGAAUCUGAUGCCUUUAUUUUCAGGGAUAAGUAACUCUUACCUAAACUGAGUUGAAUGUCCGUUUCAGUGCCGUAUGGAAUAACAACUCUCAGUGGCUCCCCUGCCCCCCCUUUUUUUUCCUGGAAACAUGCGAGACACUCAAGGUAAUGUCUGCUGUGUGCAGCUAUCUUUCUUGGGUCCUUUUGGUCAUUCUUUCAAUGUGCAUAAGUUCUGUCAGCCAUCUUUAAGGUCUCAUGCGUCGACACUAAAAACUGAUCGAUGUAAAAAGGAAAACCCAGUUAGUUGCAGAUUUAACCUUAACAUGUUUGAAAGUCUGAAAAUAGAACUUGCCUUUUAAGUUAAAAAAAAAAAGUCUUCAAAGUGUUUCAGAACUGCAAUAACCAAGGAACUUUUACCAGGCCACAUGCAAGUAUACAUAUUCAGCAUAUUUGUUACUUUAAAAGGCAAGGUUGGGAGGUUUCUUACUGUUGGUGAUUGUCAUACUUUAUACCAUACUUCUCUCCUUCAAAGACUGAAAGGCCAUGUUAAAGAGUUUUAUGUGAACUUCAUUUCCUUGGAAUGGAAUAUAUAGAAAACAUUGUGAACUGACUUCUUGAGCUAAUACGUGAACUUGCCCCAAAUUACUCAAUGUAAUUUGCUUGUUUUGAGUAUACAGAGCCUUCAUCUGGAAGCCAGAGGAUGGACUAAAGGGGAGAGAUUAGAAAACAAUAUUGAAGAACUCUGGGUGGGGUACCAGGAUCACAGACACACUUUCCCAAAAGUUGAAGCAUUUGUUCCCAGGAUUUAUUUUACUUUGCAUUUCUUAUUGCAAAAGAACAGACCACCCUCCUGAAUUUUUUAAAUAUGAAAUAUUGUUGCCAAGCUAUGGCAUACAGUGACUACCAUUACAAUACUAACACUCAGAGAAUCUGAGAUGUAUUAAAAUCAGUGGUUGAGGAAAGCCAAAGCCUGUUUAUACCGUUCAGGGAGAUUUUUAUUUCUGCAGUUUGAUGUUACAUUAGAAGAUCAACCACUUGCUUAGCUUUCGUAUUCACCACCCUUCCACUGUUAACAUCAGGAAAAUCAAGGCUAUUACACUUCAGAAUUGUCUGGUUAAGUACUACGGAAAACAACAACGACAGCAACAACAAAGAAAACAGAGAAGGUCACAUACCACAAAUGAAAAAAUUAAAACUUCAACCAAAUUUGUAUUCCUUUUUGUUGUCGGAUGGCAGCGUUCACCAGCCUGUAUCUGGUCUGAGGCUCUCUUAGUGUGUGAGCAGGCUUUCUGUGCCUGCUGACCUCAUCUGUUUAUAUUAGUCUUUAUAUUCUUUUUCCGUAACCCCUCAUCUGCCAGAAAACUUGAAGAGUUGUAAGACUUUGGUUUUUGAAGUAGAGAUUGUAUUUAGAACUACAGUGAAUUAGUCUGUAAUGAACAUGAAGGCUCUAAAUGUGAAGUAGUGUGCUUUUUUGGUGUUUAGAGUAUUAUGAGAAACCUGGUAAACCAACUUUCCUCCUAGAUAUUUGCUUCUAAAUAGGAAGAGGUGGUGACAGCGAGAACCAUAUGUAUAAAUGCAGAUCUGAAAGGUAGGAAAUUUUACCCUCGGAAGUGUAAUGUUGCUUUGGGCAGCUCAUGUAAAUAUUAAGACUUGUUUGAUCUCUUACAUUAGAGAUUUGAGUACAGUCGGUACAGUAUGUUGGUGUCUUCACCCCUGCCUGUUCUCCCCCAACCUUCAAGAUAAGUAUGAUCCACAGUAGCAGCCACGCUUCGUUUCGAAGGAACUGUUUUAAUUUAUUUAAAACUUUUAACAACUAAACUUCCAUGUUUUUCUACCAUCCACCUAAUUUUUCCUUUAGCAGCAUUCUUAUCUCUAUCUUUACUUCCCUCUGUUAGUACUUUGAGAAAACAUUUCUUAAAGCAGUGUGCACUACCCAGAGGCAGAUGGGAAAGUGUGGUCUUGUUCUCCAGGCAAUAACUUCCCGUUAGUGUACCACUAGCCAUGUCCUUUUUAUUAAUCUCCCAAAUAGAUCUUUUUCUUGGCUUUUGUCCACCUCCUGUUUUACCCUGGGUCAUUUGCUACUGGAAAUUUGAAUGGUAAAUUUAAAAUAACUUCGUUCCUAUGGCUUCAUUUAAAGACUGUCUCAAAAAUACUUUGCUCCCUUUUUCAUUCUGUACAAGGGACCUGAUACCUAAGCAAAUAGGAACUGGGUUUGGUGUUUCUCCUAAAAUAAUGCUCAAUACCUACCUAAUCAAAUGGCAUCCAUUUGAAUAAAAUGACAGUAACUAAAGCUAGUUAAUGUCAGUGACAUUAAACUAACUCCAGGAUUCAGGAGUUUUAAUGUUAGAAUUUAGAGCUAGCAGAUAGAGUACGGCUUCAUUUCUCCGUGGUAGCCCUUCUCUCCCGAUCCCUUUUAUAGUCUGUCUUCCUGCCUUCCAAGGUGAUGACAGUAGUACUCUACUUAGCUUCUAUUCUCUUGUGCAUUUGGUUUCUUGGUUAGUCAACUGUUCCAGAGUCUUGAGACUAUCUGUUCUGCUUUUUGCUUUAUGUUAACAAAGGUAGCACUGGGGUUUGGGGUUUGGUGGUUUUUUUUUUUCCUUUUUGUUUUUGGAGCUUUUGUUUCUGUAUUCUGGGUAAGGCUUAUCUUAUUUUUGGUUAAUAUCCAAUGGCACAGAAAAAUAAACCAAAAGGUUUCUUUUUUUCAAAAUUCAUUAUUAUUUAGCAUUUAGAUGAACUUGUAAGUCAUUAAUCUUAAUACUGUUGAGGAUGUGUUACCCUUCUGCAUAUAAGGUUAAUUUGUGAGAGUUUUACUGCUAAGCCAUUUUAUCUCUGUACCAUUGGGAAGUUGUAGAAACUUCUGCUGGUGAUCUGGCCAUGAUCUGUUGCUUUAUUUAAUUAAGGAGCUGCUGUUGCCUCCAGGAAACUUAAGUAUUUUGUUUAAGCUUUUUUUUUUCUCCCUUUCUUUGCUCCUCAUGUUUGUUCUUCAAACCAGUGUUUUGGAAGUAUGCAUGCAAGCCUGUAAAUGAAGACCACAGCUCUUCAUGUGUGCAGCAUGUGUAUUAUAUUGUCUAGCUACAUCUGCAAAAAACCUUUUUCAGAGGUUUGGACUAACAUUUCACAUGCACAUUUCAAAACAAAAAAUGCUUCAGAGAAACAGCCCCUUUACCUACCAAGAAGAGCAACGUGGGCUACAUUUGUCCCAAUAACAGCUAGUGUUUGUUUUGAAAGUGAAUUUAAUUAUGUUAUACAAUAUUAUGACUACAACUGUGCAAGAAAUAAAGCAAAAGAAUCUUCUAUUUUCACGACAAUACUUUUCAUCAGUCAUUGCUCUCAAAUAUAAAUGAAAAUACACAAUUUCUGAAUAUCAUAUUGUCAGAGGCACUACCUGAUUUUUCAAUGUGUAGUAGUCCUCGAAAAGAAGCUGAAUUUCUCCUUCCACUUGGUAUUUCAAGAAAAUUGAAAACAUUCCAAGUAAAAAUGAUUUGUAUUUUUAAAGUGACUAUUUGCACAAGUAAAAACCUGACGCGUGCGUGAGAAGGAUGUCUCGGUUGUGUGCAGGGAGUCAGUCACCUCGCAUGCACCGGCUUUCCUGUUUGGAAUAACAAGAUGACACUAUUCUCUUUGAUUAAAAAAAAAAAAAUCAUAAUAUUGAUACGAUCAAGGUGUAACCACUAUCAAUAUUUAGGAGACGUUUUAAAAGACCGUAAGCUGGCAUUGGAAAGAACACCAUGGUAGACUUUUUGUAAAUUUAUUUUGUAUUUAAUUAAAUUCAGUAUAAAGGCUGGUGAAGUGUAAUAUAAUUGUGUAAACAAAUCCUGUUAAUAGAGAGAUGUACAGAUUCGUUUUGUACUGUAUCUUGAAACCUGUGAAAUAAAGAUUCCACCUCUGGUUAUCCUGUAUGCUAUAACGUACCCUGGCCAGGCACCUCUCCAGGCAGACUUUUUUUAAAACCUGAAUCAUUCAGUUUUUUCAUGAACCUUUUUGGAAAUUCAGAAACUUCUGGAAAGCAUUCAUUAGGGGCAGUUUGAAUCCAUCUUACAUUUACUUUUAACUAUUGAAAUUCAGAUUUCUAUAAGUUGAAUUUUAUCCUACAGAAUAUGAAUUUGCUAAGAAAUGUUUCCCUUUUUAAAUCUCUUGAGAUCUUUGACCUGAAUCAGCCUGUGAUAUAUAGUAUACGUAUUCACUUCUAUCCUGAUUGUGGUAAAACUUAGCUAAAGUUUGUUUAUGCAUUGCCUUUUCCCAGAAAGUUUUUAGGAGGGCUUACAGAGCUACAUAACAGUGCAACACGAUGACAUUUACGUAGGAUAAGUAAGUAAAGGGGAAACAAAGGAGAAAACAGUAUUAAAUCAGGAGUGAACUUUGUACACAAAAUGCAUGUUAGAACCAGGCUACAAAUCUGGCCCUAACUUCCUAGCAGCCAACUCAAAAGAAAUCAAGCUAAAAUGUUCGUCUUAGAAGCAUCAGAUCCUUGAAAAAGUUUGGAUGAUGCAGAUUGUGGCAAGUGCAGAAAUUGGGUCUCAAAUUUUACUUCUGGGAGCAUAGUCACCCAAGAUGACUUUGACCUUGACUAAAAUAAAAGUUUUGAGGAAGUUGGACAUCGGAGCUGUAACAUCAGCAGUUUGAUGUUGGGUGUGAUGCCUAUUUACCAGUUAGCCCCUUUCUGACAAGUCAUUAAAAUGAGUCCUUGGUCUUCACUGGAUGCAACUUGAUGAGAAACAGCCUCUCCCUUUUACCUUUAUGACACUAAUUUUGAUUGGCUACACUAACCUUGAAAU